AGGGAGAGACUGGAAAUGAGAUUCUUCUAGUGAGAGAUGGGAGGAAAGAAAAGAUUAAAGAGAGCGUAGAGAGAGAUGUCUGAAUGGAAACAACUCCAGAUAUAUCACCAAACCCUAACCUCUCUCACCUCACUCAAAUUUCUUAUCUUCUUCACCUUGUCUUAGUCUUUAGAUUCACGGAAAAGCUUCUUAGAUUCAAAAUCCCAGAGAGAAAAAAAGAAAAGAUCCAAUCAAGAAACAGAAACCCUAAAAUAAAUCAACCCAAGAAGAGGGAAGAAUUUCCCAGAAAAAGAUACAGUUUCCUCUUCUUCUCCCUCUUUGAUUCUCUCUCUUGUUUUCCCUAGGGUUCUUUUUCAAACCCAUCUAGCUUUUUUCCCACUUGAUUCGAUUUUACAGGCAGACCCAUAUCCCAAAAGCUCAAAAAGCUCAGAUCUUUACCCAGAAAAAAAGAUAUACCCGACUCGUGUUUUGUGUCCGUAUAUAUAUAUAAACACAUCUCAUAUACCCAUAUUUGUGUAUAUACAUAUAAGUGGAAACUUGGGAUAUAACAAAAAUGGGGAGGGGUAGGGUUGAGCUGAAGAGGAUAGAGAACAAGAUCAACAGACAAGUGACGUUCGCUAAGCGUCGAAACGGGCUGUUGAAGAAAGCUUAUGAACUCUCUGUUCUUUGCGAUGCCGAGGUUGCUCUCAUCAUCUUUUCCAACCGUGGCAAGCUCUACGAGUUCUGCAGCUCCUCCAACAUGCUCAAGACACUCGAACGGUACCAGAAGUGCAGCUACGGCUCCAUUGAAGUGAACAACAGACCUGCAAAAGAACUCGAGAACAGUUACAGGGAGUAUCUGAAGCUGAAGUCCAGAUAUGAGGGUCUGCAUCGUCAACAGAGAAAUCUCCUUGGAGAGGAUUUGGGACCUCUGAACUCAAAGGAGCUUGAGCAGCUUGAGCGUCAACUAGACAGCUCUCUUAAGCAAGUUCGCUCCAUUAAGACACAGUCCAUGCUUGACGAACUUUCUGAUCUCCAAAACAAGGAACAAAUGUUGCUUGAAGCCAAUAGAGCCUUGUCAAUGAAGCUGGAAGAAAUGGUCGGAGCAAGAACUCAUCAAUUUGGAGGGGCAUGGGAAGGGAGUGAGCAGAACGUUUCGUACGGGCACCAGGCACAGUCACAGGGACUAUUCCAGCCUCUUGAAUGCAAUCCGACUUUGCAAAUCGGAUACAAUAAUCCGGUGUGUUCAGAGCAGAUGGCUGCAACAACACAAGCUCCUGUCCAAGCGGGUAACGGCUACAUCCCUGGUUGGAUGCUCUGAUGCCGAGACAACCUCAAAGAACCUUAAAGAUCUGAAAAAAGACAGAAUGGAUUUUUUUAUGGUGAAGAAGACUACUUGUCUAUGCAAUUUGACUGCUUCAAAGGUAUAUAUGUACUGCUAUAUAUCCUGUUUCCAUAUGCAUAAGUCUGGAUUUGUAGACAAAAGUGGCCUAAGACUCUCUGUUCCUGGAUUUUAAUGUUGUGUGAAAUGUCCUGUAAACUUUUAACAUUUUCCCGGACUGAUAUUCUGUUCUUAUCUAGAACUUAGCGCUUUC